UCAUUCAUGAAAUCAUGCAGCUGAACAAUAAUGUGACUGAGUUCACUCUGCUUGGGUUGACCCAGGAUCCUGUUAAAAAGAAGAUAGUGUUUGUCACUUCCUUGAUUUUCUAUUUGGGGACAUUGUUGAGUAACUUACUGAUUAUUACUACCAUCAAGACCAGCCAGGCUCUUGAGAGUCCAAUGUACUUCUUCCUUUUCCAUUUAUCCUUAUCUGAUACCUGCUUCUCUACUUCCAUAGCCCCUAGAAUGAUUGUGGAUGCCCUUUUGAAGAAUACCACUAUCUCUUUCAGUGAGUGUAUAAUCCAAGUCUUUUGGUCACAUUUCUUUGGUUGCCUAGAGAUCUUCAUCCUAAUCCUCAUGGCUAUUGACCACUAUGUGGCCAUCUGUAAGCCCCUUCACUACGUGACCAUGAUGAGCCCAUGGGUCUGUGGUGUGUUGGUGGCUGUGGCCUGGAUGCGGUCCUGUGUGCAUUCUUCAGCUCAGAUUCUGGCCUUGAGUUUACCUUUCUGUGGUCCCAAUAUGAUUGAUCACUAUUUCUGUGACUUGCAGCCUUUGCUGAAACUUGCCUGUACGGACACCCAUGUGGUCAAUCUACUCUUAAUGUCCAAUAGUGGGGCCAUUUGUACAGUGAGUUUUGUCAUGCUGAUGUUCUCCUACAUUAUCAUCUUGUAUUCUCUGAGAAACCACAGUGCUGAAGGGAGGAGGAAAGCCCUCUCCACCUGCGUUUCCCACAUCAUCGUGGUCAUCUUGUUCUUUGGUCCUUGCAUAUUUAUAUACACACAUCCUGCAACCACCUUCUCCAUGGAUAAGAUAAUAGCUGUGUUUUAUACUAUAGGAACACCUUUGCUCUACCCUCUGAUUUAUACACUGAGGAAUGCAGAAGUGAAAAAUGCCAUGAGGAUGGUAUGGAGCAGAAGUCGAUCUCAGAUGAAAAAGAUAAUUGGAAGUUUCAAAUUUUUCUUCACAGUUUGA